AUGAUACACUGUGGAAAAAAACAUAUUUGUGCUGUAGUUGCAUGCAUUCUUAUUUUUGCAAGCAUUUUAAUCUGCUCCUGGAAAGAUCUUCAGGUACUGAAUGACAUAACGAGAAAAAUAUUCCCCCAAGCAACAACUGCCAGUCCAUCAAGUCAGCCUUGUAGGGGGAAAAUUGCUCAAACUACAAUAACAGCAUUAGAAGGGAACAAAACUUUUAUUAUAUCCCCAUACUUUGAUGACAGAGAAAGCAAAGUCACCCGUGUGAUUGGGAUUGUUCACCAUGAAGAUGUAAAAGAACUGUACUGCUGGUUCUGCUGUCAGCCCAAUGGAAAGAUUUAUGUAUCAAAAGCAAAAAUCAAUGUUCACUCAGAUAGAUUUGGAUUCCCUUACGGUGCAGCAGAUAUAGAUUGUUUGGAACCUGAAAACUGUGAUCCAACACAUGUAUCAAUUCAUCAGUCUCCACAUGGAAAUAUUGACCAGCUGCCAAGGUUUGAAAUUAAAAACCGCAAGGCUGAGACCUUUUCUGUUGACUUCACUGUAUGCAUCUCUGCCAUGUUUGGAAACUACAACAAUGUCUUGCAGUUUAUACAGAGUAUGGAAAUGUACAAGAUUCUUGGAGUACAGAAAGUGGUGAUCUAUAAGAACAACUGCAGUCAUCUAAUGGAGAAGGUCUUGAAGUUUUAUGUAGAAGAAGGAACUGUAGAGAUAAUUCCCUGGCCAAUAAACUCAUACCUCAAGGUUUCUUCUCAAUGGCACUUCAUGCAAGAUGGAACACACAUUGGCUACUAUGGACAAAUCACAGCUCUAAAUGACUGUAUAUACCGCAACAUGCAAAGGAGCAAGUUUGUGGUUCUCAAUGAUGCUGAUGAAAUAAUUCUUCCCCUUAAGGACCCAGACUGGAAAACAAUGAUGAGCAGUCUUCAGGAACAAAAUCCAGGGACCGGCAUUUUCCUCUUUGAGAACCAUAUCUUCCCAGAAACCAUAUCUACUCAUGUGUUCAACAUUUCAUCCUGGAAUACUGUGCCAGGUGUUAACAUAUUGCAGCAUGUUCACCGAGAGCCUGAC